GCCAAGUCUCAAAGGGCAGGCCCACUCGAUCCCUGGACUCUCUUGGGAACAACUUCCACCCUGCAUCCCCUUGCACCUCAGGGCACAGUGCACAGAUGGGCUUGCCUUAGCCCCUCCAGCCAGAUUUUUGACUUUUCUUGACUUCCACCAGUUGCUCGGGCGGGGCGGGUGGGAGUGGAGGGGCCACUCCUUCACCCCCCAGGCUCCCUCCCUUCCUGGAGCUGCAGCCUUGGCAUCCUCUAGCCCAGCACCCCAGGAUCCAGGCGUUGGGUCCCGCCCUUGUUGACGUCCAACUCAAAUGAGCCGCGCAGGAUAUAUGAGAGAGACUGCCCCGCGCACCACACACACGACUCCUGCAAGGUUGCCGCUGGAGUCGCCCAGCCCAGUGAGAGCCUAGUCCCGGCCAGGGUCGCCCCGGCAAGCACGAUUCCAGCCAAUCAGCGCCCUGGACUGCACCAGCGCCAUGGUCGGCAGAAGAGCACUGAUCGUACUGGCUCACUCAGAGAGGACAUCCUUCAACUAUGCCAUGAAGGAGGCUGCUGUAGCAGCUUUGAAGAAGAAAGGGUGGGAGGUGGCGGAGUCGGACCUCUAUGCCAUGAACUUCAAUCCCAUCAUUUCCAGAAAGGACAUCACAGGUAAACUGAAGGACUCUGCGAACUUUCAGUAUGCUGCCAAAUCUAUUCUGGCUUAUAAAGAGGGCCGUCUGAGCCCAGAUAUUGUGGCUGAACAAAAGAAGCUGGAAGCUGCAGACCUUGUGAUAUUCCAGUUCCCCCUACAGUGGUUUGGAGUCCCUGCCAUUCUGAAAGGCUGGUUUGAGCGAGUGUUCGUAGGAGAGUUUGCUUACAAGCUCGCUGCCAUGUAUGACAAAGGACCCUUCCAGAGUAAGAAGGCAGUGCUUUCUAUCACCACUGGUGGCAGCGGCUCCAUGUACUCUCUGCAAGGGAUCCAUGGGGACAUGAAUGUCAUUCUCUGGCCAAUUCAGAGUGGCAUUCUGCAUUUCUGUGGCUUCCAAGUCUUAGAACCUCAACUGACAUAUAGCAUUGGGCACACUCCAGCAGACGCCCGAAUUCAGAUCCUAGAAGGAUGGAAGAAACGCCUGGAGAAUAUUUGGGAUGAGACACCACUGUAUUUUGCUCCAAGCAGCCUCUUUGACCUAAACUUCCAGGCAGGAUUCUUAAUGAAAAAAGAGGUACAGGAUGAGGAGAAAAACAAGAAAUUUGGCCUUUCUGUGGGCCAUCACUUGGGCAAGUCCAUCCCAACUGACAACCAGAUCAAAGCCAGAAAAUGAGAUUCCUAAGACUGGAUUUCCUUCUAACAUGUUAUCAAAUCUGAGUGUCUUUCCAGGCUUCCCUGACUUGCUUUAGUUUUUAAGAUUUGGGUUUUUCUUUUUCCACAAGGAAUAAAUAGGAGAGGGAAUCAACUGUAUUCAUGCAUUUUGGGAUCAUUUUAUUAUUCAAUGUAACUGAUUCUUAUGAUUACUAUCAUGGCAUAUAACCAAAAUCCAACUGGGCUCAAGAGGCCACUUAGGGAAGAUGUAGAAAGAUGCUAGAAAAUGUUCUUUAAAGGCAUCUACACAAUUUAAUUCCUCUUUUUAGGGCUAAAGUUUUAGGGUGAAGUCUAGCUAGGUAUCAUUCAAUUCUCCAAUGUUCCAUUAAUCACCUCUCUGUAGUUUAUGGCAGAAAGGAAUUGCUCUGAGAAAGAAAAGACUGAAUCUACCUGCCCUAAGGGACUUAACUUGUUAGUAAUCUAAUGCUUGCUUAUGAUAUUUCUUGCUUUCAAUUACAAUGCAGUUACUAAUAUGCCUAGCAUGAGUAUCACUGUUCUUCAACUUUCAUUGUUUGUAUACAGUACACAGAUACCUUGAAAGGAAGAGCUAAUAAAUCUCUUCUUUACUGCAGUCAUCUACUUUAUUUUUAAUUAAAAAAAAUUUUUUUUUGAAACAGUCUUGCUGUGUUGCCUAGGCUGGAGUGCAGUGGCAUGAUCUCAGCUCACUGCAACCUCUGCCUCCCGAGUUCCAGCGAUUCUCCUGCCUCAGCCUCCCUAGUAGCUGGGAUGACAGGUGCCUGCCAUCAUGACUGGCUAAUUUUUGUAUUUUUGGUAGAGACGGGGUUUUACCAUGUUGGCCAGGCUGGUGUCGAACUCCUGACCUCAGGUGAUCCACCUGCCUCGGCCUCCCAAAGUGCUGGGAUUACAGGCGUGAGCCACCGCACCUGGCCCUUGCAAUCCUCUACUUUAAGGUUUGCAGAGAUAAACCAGUAAAUUCACACCGUACAUCUGCAAUGUGAAUUCAAGAAAGGAAAUAGUACCUCCAAUACUUAAAAAUAGCCUUCCACAAAAAAUACUUUAUUUCUGAUCUACACAAACUUUCGGAAGGUUAUCUUCUUUAUCAUUGCUAAACUGAUGACUUACCACGAGAUGGGGUCCAGUCCCAUGACUUUGGGGUACAACUGUAAACUUAAGAGUUUUAUCAACUUUGGUGAACAGUUUUGGCAUAAUAGUCAAUUUCUACUUCUGGAAGUCAUCUCGUCCCACUGUUGGUAUUAUAUAAUUCAAGGCGAAUAUGAUAAAACACUGCCCUCUUGUGGUGCAUUGAAAGAAGAGCUGAGAAAUAAUGAAAGGUUGCCUGAAAAAUGGGAGAUAGCCUCUUACUUGCCAAGAAAAACGAAGGGAUUGGACUGAGGUGGAGAACCUCCUUUACCAGAUGCUGAUUGGCACUGGUGGUUUUUGCUCUCGACAGUAUCCACAAUAGCUGAUGGCUGGGUGUUUCAGUUUGAAAAUAUUUUCUGUUGCCUUCAACUUCACUGCAAUUUUGUGUAAAUUUCUGAAAGAUCCGAAUAAAUAAAAUUCAUUUCUACAAA